AUGCCAGUCUCGCGGAAACUAGUCGUUCUAUGCUGUUUUGCCGUUCGUCUGCCUGUGAUUGCCUUUGCAGCUCUACAUCUUCGUGAUCUAGGUCCAUACAUUCACUCCUCCAACCCCACCCUCGAUAUCAUUGAUGUUUACGUAUGGAUCCAAUUAGAGAUCAAUUACUCUCUCAUCGUCUGUACUUCCUUCUGUAUCGUCCCAUUCAUGCGUGCAAUCAGCACAGACUAUGGAACGGCAGGAGAAGUCACCUUGGGAUCAAGCAAUACCAAUUCUCGGUCUGCACAUUAUAUCAAGGAGCGCGCAAGGCAAUUUCAGGGCAUCGCUCUUCAGUCUAUGGUUCGGGUUAAGCCUCAGGCACAAUCAGGUCGAUCUCCGGAUGAGCACAGCGUGGCGAGUGCAGGGAGCACUCGCAUGAUAAUCGAAAAAACCGUGGAGACGACCAUUGUUUUUCACCACAUGACUCAACGAAGAACGCCCUGUCAGCCUGCGGUGGGGCUGCCUGGGAGGCGGUGGUAUCGGUGGGGCCUUAAAAGAGAGGCAUCGACGGCGGGGUUUUGCCGCAUCGCAACUCUUUCUCCAGCCAUUCUCUCCUCCGACAAUCUCGGGUCUCGUGCCAGAAUGGUCGCGCAAACCCCCGCCGUGGAAGAUCUCCUGAAGAGACAAUUAUAUAUUUAUGAUCUCCCCCAAGAACUUCUCGCGACAUUGAUGACGAAAACCGAAUACCAGCCGACGACUGUCCCCGAGACCACGGAAGAAGAGCGACCGGAAACACCCCAGGAACAUGCGGUCUCGACGUCCACCUUGUGCUCCCUCUGCAAGGUGUCGUACCUGAAUGUGCAGGAACAGCGCGACCAUGCGCGGUCGGAUCAUCAUAAAUACAACCUGAGGGCGCAGCUGAGAGGGAACCCCACCCUAGACGAGGUUCAAUUCACCAAGGCGAUCGGUGAACUCGACGAGUCGAUAUCCGGGUCCGAAUCGUCAGAACCGGAGGAUGAAAGGGACGAAGGACAACUCGCGGCCUUGCUGAAAAGGCAGGCCAAGAUAUCGCAGGCGGCCGAGGAUGCUGAAGAUGAGGAUUCGCCGAGACGGAGGACCGCUGGAAAGCAUCCUCUGCUCUGGUUUUCGAGUUCCAUUCUUCCGUCCAACACUUCCCUCGGGAUCUACAGAGCCAUGUUUUCGACUGUCGAGCAGGACGAACCUGGACACCUUGUCGAUACCUUGCGAAAGAAGCAACUCGCUCCGAUCCAUGCACCAACUAGCGGACAAGCCGCGAAACCAUCCGCAUCGUCCAGUCCGCACAUUUUCAUGUGCAUGAUUGGCGGUGGCCAUUUUGCGGCAAUGCUCGUGUCCUUGGCUCCAGAAAUCCAUCGAAAGCAAGGCGGUUUUGAAGAGAGACAGGCUCGUGUGAUUGCGCACAAAACGUUCCAUCGUUACACGACUCGGCGGAAACAGGGUGGAUCGCAGUCGGCCAGUGACGCGUCUAGAGGGGCUGCUCACUCCGCCGGUUCCAGUCUGCGCAGAUACAACGAGGCUGCCCACGAGAAGGAGGUUAGGGAGCUGCUUGUGGACUGGAAGCAAAUGAUCGAUAGCGCCGAAUUCUUAUUUGUUCGGGCCACCGGUAGCACCAACCGGAGGAUUCUUUUCGGCCAAUACGAUGGCCAAGUCAUGAAGCACAAUGACCCAAGGAUAAGAGGAUUUCCGUUCAGCACUCGCCGCGCUACCCAGGCAGAGCUUAUGAGAUGCUUCAAGGAGCUCACACGCGUGAAGGUCAGCCAGGUUGACGAGGCCGCGCUUGCUGCGGCCGAGGCCAAGCAACGAGAGGAGGCAUCGAAGCCCUCUACUCCAAAACCGCAACCACAGAAACCUAAACUUUCCAAAGAGGACGAGGCUGCCAUUCUUCAUACGACCCAAAUACAAGCUCUCAUCCGCCGUUCUAAGAUUCCCGCCUUGAUUUCAUACCUCUCCACGAACUCAAUUCCCCCGUCCUUUACCUUCCUCCCAUCUGACUCCCAGCAAAACUUCCGCUGUCCUACCCCGCUUCAUCUUGCUGCCAAUACGGACUCGCCGUCGAUGGUCUUGGCUCUGUUGACGAAAGCCGGCGCUGAUCCAACGGCAGUCAAUUCGGAAGGACGAACGCCGUUCGAGCUUGCUGGAGACCGAGCUACCCGUGAUGCUUUCCGCGUCGCCCGGCACGAACUCGGCGAAUCCAAGUUGAACUGGGACGCUUCUAAAGUGCCGUCCGCAAUUUCGAAAACCGAUGCUGAUAGCCGGAACGAACGUGAACGGAAAAUAGCAGAAGAGGAAGAAUCUAACCGGCGGAAGGCAGAAAUGGACCGUCUUAAGAAAGAAGACGCGACCCGAGAAGUCUCGCAAGCCGCAAAGAAAGGUGGUCGGUCAUUAGGGGCCGUUGAGAAGACGGCACAAGAGAAGAGAGAGGAAGAGAUGCGAGGAAUGACACCGGAGAUGCGAAUGCGACUGGAAAGAGAGCGUCGCGCAAGAGCAGCCGAAGAACGGUUUCGGCGGAUGCAAGGGAAUUAA